AAACCCUUUCUCUUUAUACUUACUCAAACCCUUUCUAUUCUCUUUCGCGCGACGCAUCCCCAUCCAUCCGUAAUUUAGGGUUCAAGAGGAAGAUACCAGUAGUUUCAUACAUAUUUGCACACUGAACAAAUUUGAUAAGCAAUUUCCCAGGGGCAUUUAGAAUAGCCCAUCCCCUCGAGCAUCUAAGGGAUCGCCACACCACAGUCUCAUCCGCUUUCGGUCGCUGACCUCUUAUAUAUCUAACUUACAGCCAACCCAUCAUCGAUUCUUUCUUCUUUAGUAUAUCUUCAUUGUUCUCUUUCUCUGCGUGUUGAUUGCCGCCUUGUAGGAGGGAGGUACAUACGCCGACAGAUAUGUCUGAGAAAUUCUCGGCAACACUGAGAAUUGGAGAUCUCAAUGACUACAUAGCGCCUUCCCAAGGUUGCGUUGUUUCCUUGAAGAAUCUCAAAGCACCAAUUGCCAAGCUCGAUAAGUCCGAGCUUGCGGAAAAGCUUGGUGUGCAGCAGAAAACAGAGCCAGUGAAAAUUUCACUGAAGGACUGCUUGGCAUGCAGUGGGUGCAUAACAACGGCUGAGACAGUCAUGCUUGAGAAGCAAAGUCUGGAUGAGUUUCUUUCUAGCCUGAAUAAAGGGAAAACUGUCAUUGUGUCUAUUUCUCCCCAGUCAAGAGCUUCUCUUGCAACAUAUUUUGGUCUUUCUCCGGUUCAGGUUUUCAAGAAACUCACAACUUUCCUCAAAUCAAUGGGAGUGAAAGCUGUAUUUGAUACGAGCUGCAGCAGAGACUUGGUCCUUAUUGAAUCUUGCAAUGAAUUCAUAACUCGUUAUAAGCAAAAACACUCAUCCGAGAAUGGAAGUAGUAAAUCAUCUUUGCCAAUGAUUUCCUCAGCUUGUCCCGGCUGGAUAUGCUAUGCUGAAAAGACUCUUGGAUCUUACAUUCUGCCUUACAUUUCAUCUGUGAAGAGCCCUCAGCAAACAAUAGGUUCUAUCAUUAAGCGUCACUUAUGCCAUAAAAUGCAAAUUAGGGAGGAUGAUAUAUAUCAUGUGACCGUUAUGCCCUGUUACGACAAGAAGCUGGAGGCUGCAAGGGAUGACUUUGUAUUUGAAGCUGAAUUUCCUGGAGAAUUUCCUGGACGUAAUGCUUCAAUAGUCACAGAAGUAGAUUCAGUUUUGACAUCUGGAGAGAUUUUAGAACUGAUACAGUUGAAAUCAGUUGAUUUCCUUACCUUGGAAGAAUCUCCACUUGACAGAUUGCUUACUAAUGUUAGUGAUGAAGGGCAUCUUUAUGGGGUCAAUGGAGGUUCUGGGGGAUAUGCUGAAACAAUAUUCCGUAAUUUUGCUAAAACAGUCUUCGGAAGAGAUAUUCAAGGUCCCUUGGAAUACAAAAUCAUAAGAAAUACUGAUUUAAGAGAGAUCAGUUUAGAAGUUGAUGGAGAAACUGUUUUAAAGUUCGCACUAUGUUAUGGAUUUCGAAAUCUGCAGAAUAUCGUGAGGAAAAUCAAAAUGGGAAAAUGCGAUUACGAUUUUAUUGAGGUCAUGGCAUGCCCUUCAGGAUGCCUGAAUGGGGGAGGUCAGAUAAAGCCAAGGGCAGGGCAAUCAGCUAAAGAUUUGAUUCAAACACUCGAGACAAUCUAUAUGGAAAAUGUAUUGGUUGCUGAUCCGUUUGAGAAUCCUGUUAUAAAAGGUAUAUGAUGAAUGGCUUGAAGGACCUGGUUCAGAGAAAGCUAAGAGAUACAUCCAUACUGAAUAUCACCCGAUUGUUAAGCAUAUAACUUCCGAGUUGCAGAAUUGGUGAAGCAUGUCCUUUGUCUAGCUACUUCAUCGAGUAUUGGAUGUGAUGAGAGUGUAGUGUUCCAACAGCAGUCAAUUUUGAUAGAUAUAAGGACUUGUUUUUUAUUGAUAUGCAUUAAACUCUUUAAGUAUUUUCCUCUAUGUUUGGAAAUUGGGAUCUCCUUUUUUCUUUGUGUAUAGUUGGGGAAAUGCCCUUUACAAAUUACAGAAGCAAUAAAUAAUAUAAUUAUAAUCAGCUUUUGGUGG